AUGCCAUUGAUGCUUCUACUAAUUGUUCUAACUGCUGGUGCCUGGUGUGCUUCCAGCUCCAAGCCGUUAGAAAAGCGGAGUCUCGCUUUGGACGAAGCCAGCAUUCCAUGGGCUAUAACGAGUGGCCCGCGAGCUUUGAACGGAGGGGCUUGGAACCUUGGUUGGCCCACUUGGAGUGGGGGACACACCUCGCUGGGAAUCGGGCCGACUCCCAACGAAGUUGCACACGCUAUUUCGGUAGCUAAGCAGGCCUCAGCCAAUGUUCUUAUAGCGCAGCAGCAUUUACAAGCGGCUAAGGAAAACGUGUUAAAUCAGCAACGCAUCGCCACAGAAAGACAAACUCAGGCAGUAAUACUGAAGCAAAAGUCUCAGGCAGCUGUGGCACAUGCUGCUGCUCAUGCAGCUGCUGCGGAAAUCCAGAAAACCGAACAUGAGGCGGCCAAGCUUGGCCACUUCACAAGAAACGCGCACCCGGGAAAACGAUCGGAUUUGGGCAUUGGCUCUCUGGCAGUACCGCAGGGAAAUCUGUCAAUAAUUGGUACUGAAGAAUAA